AUGCAUGCACAGGAUACUCUGCAUCUUUUGGCCAGCUCGAUGGAAAUGAUUGUUCAAGUAAGCGACAAAUACAUAUCCGGCCCUGACAGCGUUGACGAAUUAAUAGGGCUGAGCGAGGUAAUUGAUGGCACCCACAAAGCAUUUUCUGUACUCAACGUGGGAGCCUGCGAUACCGCAUGGAAUCGCGUGAACCAGAAUGGUCUUGUCACGUUCUUCAAUCAGGCUGGGGACGAGGCCGAAUGCACUUUGAACGAUUGUCUUAGUGUUGGCAGCUGGUGUAGUGCGACUGACAUUGAGGUCACUUCCACAAGCGUUUCUCUGUCAUACUCUACAAAAGCCACUAGCCCUGCUAAUAGCCCUGCCACCAGCUCUGUCACCAGCUCUGUCACCAGCUCUGCUACGAGUUUUUGUUAG